AUGACAAAAAAGCCAUGGCUGCCCCUAGACACAGGGCCAAAACUACCCCCCUACAAAGGCAAUCUGAUGCACAGGAACGUAAAGUUCCUCAAAGUCCUCGACGUGGACUCCGCCCACGGCACUGUCGUAAAGGCACGGAUCGGCAGACAGCUCUACGCCAUAAAAUUUUUCGUUAGCCCUCCAAGCGAUGUCAACACCAGAGAAGUCUACGGCAACAGACCAUUAUGGAGCUGCUGUCAAGCAUUUGACUGGUAUUUCUCACCGUUUGAGAACGAAUGCCGAGCUUUCGGCAGACUGAAAGAGCAGAGAGCCGAGUUCAUCGCUGUCAAGGUCUACGGAUGGGUUGCUCUCACGGCAAAACAGAUUGAGAGAAAGCUCGUUGCGGCGGGGGCGAAAGGACGUGGACUGAAUGGAUUUCCACCUGGUACACUCUACGGUAUUGUCAAAGACUGGGUUGACAUGGCCCCGUAUCACGAUUCAAAGCAACGCGAGACCCAUGACCAGAUGGUGGCGGUGAAACAUUUCCCCAGAAUGCUUAAAGAUAUCCAUAAGCUUCAUUUUCUGGGGAUCGUGAUCCGAGAUUUAAAACCAGAUCAGUACAUCGACGGUGUCCUGGUCGAUCUCAGUCUCGCCUCUACAGUUCCCCAUCCCUACGGUCCAUCAGCCGCUGGCAGUGAAAGUCCCUGGCAACCACGCUGGACGUACGAAAGCCUCGCAGCAUGGGACCUGUACUCCUUCCAAUGUCACGUCAUUGAUUUCUGGAAGCACAACUCCAAAAUGUUCUUCAGAAGACGGUGUCGAAACGGUAUACCAAAGACCUGCAACUUGGUAGCGUACCCUGUAGCUAAAUGUCGACAACGGCGCUUCGUCCGUUCAGGACGGUUCGUACCAAUCUUGAACUACUAUGAGGAGGUGUUAGCGAUGGUGACAAAGCCGAAAUAUGAUCCGCUGGAUUUUCUCAGGAGAAAUCCGGGGUAUCCGAUGUAUAUCGCGCCGUUUGGCGUUCCAGCAAGAGCGCCGCCGCCUAGAAGAAGACCGAGGAUGAGGCAGAGCAAUUCUUGUUGUGCUGUUAUGUAG